AUGGCAUCCGGGUUUACCGGGCCUCUGAUUUCUACUGUUGAAUCGUCUCAACAUGUGCAUAGCCACAGUCGCUCACAAUCGCACCAGUGCAGCAGUCAACGUUCAGCAAGACCGUUUACCCUUCCUCGUAUCCCCUCUGAACGAUUUGACCCAGGAUCAAUAAACUAUGAUGGAAGGCCUCCAGGUCACGAAAGCCGCCAAAAGCAUGGAGAAAACGGUAUUAUAAAUCAUGUUUCCUUUGCAGCGAACGGAUCCAUAAGCGCACCUUCCCACCAAACAAACGGACGACUCACAAGGUUAUCCAAACAGGAAAAAGCUGCGGCCCAGGAUCACCAACCAGAGGUUACUUCUCUUCCACACUCCUACAAGUUGCCUCGGGUUGAGGGCAAGGCCCAAAUCAGUGCUGGCGGAAUGGACCCGAACUCAAGACCUCGCAGCUACUUGCGCAGAGUCUUCUUCUCAAGUAUUGUGCCCCUUCCGUACAUACUCCUAUCUUACUUCAAUCCACGCCAUACCGAACGAUUCUCUACCACUACAAACUCCAACUUGCGCGAGUCCUCAAUCAGCCAGAUUUCGAAUGACAUCUUGAUUAGCUUAAUGCUAACGUCCUGCAUCCUGCUUCUUCUGGGCACAUUCGAAAAAUGUAGAGGAUAUAAUUCGCCUUCAUACAAUGCCAAGCCAGGGUUGAGCGUGGCAGGAGAUACCAAGAAAGCAUCCACCAUUGGCCUGGACUUAUGGACCGUUUUGAGAAUACUUCGAAGAGCAGUUGGCAUUGCAAUACCUUAUAUCGCUGCCCUACAGCUUGGUGGCUUGGCUGUCUCUGUCCUGGUCUUGGUAUCGAUUUCAUCAGGACUCGUCCCGAGGAAUAAAGAGCAUUUUAAUUUGAGCCACGUUCAUGGAUGGAAAAAUCUGCUAGCACAAAAGACUUGGACGCUCGCCUUCUCAAUCUUUCUCUGCGUGACCGCGAUUCACUAUGGUUCUAGCUCUGGGCUCUCCGCUACAGCAGGUGUACUAGCUGUGAUUGUAUUUACCUUCUUCUGCAGUCCACCAUAUCUGGUUGAGGCUCCCCAUGAGAGCUCUCUUACAUCUCCACCAAACUCAGCAAAUUUUACCCCAGCUGUCCCUUUUACGCCAUGGAAUGUAGCUGAGCCCUCAUACCACCUGUCCGUCAAAAUCAAAACCUCUCCAUUGAUUGCGACAGCCGAAGAGACCUCUCUUACAUUACUCUCCGGAGCUCUUACAGCGGGGGCUGCCGGCAUACUCUACCUCUUUAGCGAGUUUUCGGCUCUAACUGUUGAAUCCUUCGCGAUUCUGCUCGUGGUCGCUAUGCUGACGAUGUGGUCAUUGGUGACGAUGGAGACCUCCAUGUUUCAAGAAGCGCUGGUCCCGCUUGCGACAGGCUUGGCUGCAGCAAUCCUCGGCAACGCCAUGACGCUAUCAAAAUUUGAUACCCUUUGGCAAGAUGCAAUUCUUGGAGCCAUGGCUUAUAUGGCUGUUCAGUUGGAUGCCACCAGACCACAAGCUUCCCUUCAUACGCAUCCUAUGUCAAGCGAGAAGCACAUGCAACGGCGGGAUAGAAACAUUUCAGCUCCUACAAAGGUUCUGCUGCAAUCCACGAAGCGAUACUCGUUAUUACAUGGAAUAUUGGCCGACAAGGAUUCUCGUCGAAUCUUCUAUUUCAUGCUGCUGAAUCUGUCCUUCAUGCUUGUGCAAUCGACCUACGGAGUAUUGACCGGUUCACUAGGGCUGAUCAGUGAUAGCAUCCACAUGUUCUUCGAUUGUUUCGCGCUGUUGGUCGGUCUUUGUGCUGCUGUCAUGAGUAAAUGGCCUCCCAGCGUAAAAUAUCCAUAUGGCUAUGGCAAAAUGGAUACCCUUGCUGGUUUUGGUAAUGGGAUCUUCCUGAUGCUCAUCAGCAUCGAGAUUAUCUGGGAAGCUAUCGAGCGACUGGUUGAAGGCUCUGAUGUGAGUCGCACCAUGGAGCUCCUCAUUGUCAGCUCUCUUGGUCUGGGUGUCAACCUUGUUGGAAUAAUGGCUUUCGAACAUGGACAUGCACAUGGACACGGUGGUCACGAUCAUAGCCAUGGUGGACAUUCUCAUUCGCACGCUAGCCAUGCUCAUGACCACUCUGCUCCUUUAGCCUUGCCAGCACCAUCAGCGGCAAAGUCAGAACAAGCACAUCACCAUGGUGGUGACAACAUGUACGGCAUCUAUCUACAUAUCAUGGCUGACGCACUUGGAUCUGUGGCUGUCGUCAUAUCCACGUUAUGUGUUCGCUACUUUGGAUGGAGCGGAUUCGACCCCCUCGCCUCUUGCGCUAUAGCGAUACUGAUAUUCGCAUCUGCGGUUCCCCUUGUUUUCAGCAGUGGCAAAAAAUUGCUCUUGUCCUUGCCCAGUGACGUUGAAUAUACCCUGAGAGACGUUCUUGCUGGUGUUAGCAAAAUUCGUGGUGUAGUUGGAUAUUCGGCACCAAAAUUCUGGUUGGAUGAUAUUGGCAAAAGGGACUCAGAGCCUGGACAUGAGCAUCAUCAUCAUCACCCUCACGAAAAUUCUCAUAAUCAUCACCAUCACCAUCACCAUCACCAUCAUCUUAAUGAGCAUCAACAUGCCUUUGAGCAUUCACACUCUCACCAUCAUGAUGAAAACAACGAUCACAGUCAUCGCAGCGAACAUGAGAAUCAGAAUCAGACAGUGCUCGGUGUGAUCCACAUCAUCGCUUCACAACAUGCAGAUCUUGAUGAUGUCCGAGCUCGAGUGUCUGACUACUUGCAGAGCAAACACAUGGAUAUUGUUGUUCAAGUCGAGCGUGAUGGUGAUAUUAAAUGUUGGUGUGGUGGUGGACAAAAAGCAGGCUGA